AUGAAAAAAUCAUUCUCAUUUACCAUUCUAAUUCUUCUCGUCAUUUCUGUGCUAGUAACAGGAUUAGAAAAAACACCCAGGAGCCCAACAGAUGGUUGGUGCGCUACUCAGCUACCUGACCAAAAACCCGGUAAAUGUAACCAAGACCGAUGUAACAUUAGGUGUAAGAACACUCGUCAGUUUCAAGUUAAAGGACAAGCGACAGUUGGUACUUGCACAUCUAGUAAUAGAUGUUUAUGCACUUGGCGUUGCAGAUAGCUAAUAAUGAAUGAAAUUAUUUGUUUACAAAUAAAAAUCAUUUUGUUGUUUCCUUAUUUCUCCAAAACUCAUUACAAUAUAUUUAAUGUCUCUUAUAAUA